AAUAGACUAAGGUACAUAGAUUUUUCACUUUAUGAGUUGAACGUUGUCGUUUACAUAACUAAACCCUAGUACCGCCCUCCCAUCAUCAGCAAGAAGCGCCGUUCAGCCGGUUAUCGGAAGAAGGAAGCGCCGUUCAGAAUGGGCGGUGCAGUUUUGCUCGGCAUGCCGGGGCCAUGGGCUGACGACUAUCGCGAACCUUCCGAUCCCUACACAACCAAAAUCGGAGGCCUCCCUGAUUGGCCCAUUCCCAUCAAUGGCGAUUUGCUCCGGUGCGGUGGUUGUGACUGCACACUCUGCCUUGUAGCACAGGUUUAUGCUCCACUCCCGUCAUCUCAGCAUCGCGCUCUUUUCGUUUUGGGUUGUCUUUCGCCGAAAUGCGGAACCCGCUGGCGAGUUUUUCGAGUUCAGAAGAAUGGUGACGAUGUGGAGAGCUUUAAGCACAGCGAGGUUCAGCUUCAAAAUGCUGAAUUGUGCGAAGAUGUUGAUGAAGAUGAAGGUGAAAUGGAUUUGGCGCAACUGGGCAAGGCGCUAUUUGAAGCUGGGACUUUGGCUGCUUCUAAUAGUAAAAGCAAGAAACCAAGGAGAAGAAGACAACACAAAUCCUCUGCUGCUUGUUCUCCAUGUACAGCAGCAGCAGCAACUCUAGUUUGUGAUGAUAAUCAUAUUGAUAUGCCAGUGGUUCCUUGCUUUUAUAUGUACACACAAGAAGAGCCAUCUACAGGGGAUCUGAGUUCUAUAUGCUCUAACUAUGCGUCGCUUUCUAUUAAGGAGAACAAAAGUGAUGUUGAGGAUCAUUCAGAACCAGAAGAAUCCUGGGAAAAGGAACGUUAUGAAUAUGAUAAAGCGUUGACUGCUGAUAGAACGUACCUCAAGUUCAAGAAACGUUUGGAUGCAUAUCCUGAGCAGUGUUUCCGAUACGCAUAUGGUGGGAAGCCAAUUUUAGCUGCAGCUGAUGAAAUAAACCCUGGCAGCUGCACGCUCUGUGGCAGACCAAGGCAAUUUGAGAUGCAGCUAAUGCCUCCGUUACUAUACUUUCUACAGGAAGCAGUUGAUGAGGACCAAAGACAGAUGUUGGAAAAUUGGGAUUGGAUGACCCUUAUUGUAUAUACGUGCUCUGAGAGUUGUUGUGAAGAGACUGAACUAGCGAAGUCCAAUAGUAAGGGGUGGAUUGUAGCAGAGGAGGCUGUUGUGGCUCAGAAUGAGGAAUCCUUGCCUAUUCAGCUUGGCUAUUUCUCGUGAUUGCUGGUGUUGGUGUAAGAAUACAAUAUGUUUCAUUUAUAGUGAAAGCUUGAAAAGUUUGCAAAUUUGAAGGAAUUGAGAAAAUUGUAGCUUAAUCAAAUAGAAGGAAAGUUAUGUUACUUAGUAUCGUUGUAUUCUACAAUGAAUGUCUGUUGAGAGUAACAAGGUAGAUGCUGCAUCCAUUACCUUCCAAAGGUCCUAUAGCUAGAGGUAUAGAGACAGAAAAACUACAAGUCAAAUCAUUGCAAGAGACUUAAAUUUAAGUGGUUGUUAAUCUCUAAAUUGAAUACAUGAUUGAGUUUUA